AUGGACUCAUCGUUUGGCAUUUCCUUCAACAUCUUUGAAAUCUACCUCCAGUAUUGCGACAUUAUGUCUGAGGCGCAUUCUAGUGUGGUGGAGAGUUACAGUCCAGACGAUGAGUCGCAGAAAUUAAGCUAUUCAAGAGAGGCAUUGGCACAGCUAUUGACGGUGGUGGAGUCUAGCGCGAAUACGGGGGUUUCAAUUCUUGAGGAAGCUUACAAGCUGAUGUCAAGAUUAGACUUGAUGGCAGAUUUCUCUGAGUUCUCACGAUUCUAUGAUUUUGUCUUCUUCAUAUGCCGCGAAAAUGGUCAGAAGAGCAUCACUGUAAGCAGGGCUGUUAUGGCCUGGAGAUUAGUUUUAGCUGGAAGGUUUCGACUGCUUAAUCAAUGGUGCAACUUUGUUGAGAUUAACCAGCGACAUAACAUUUCUGAGGAUACAUGGCGACAAGUUUUAGCCUUCAGUCGCUGUGUGCAUGAAAAUCUUGAAGGAUACGAUCCUGAAGGAGCUUGGCCGGUCUUAAUUGAUGACUUCGUUGAGCGCAUGUACAGGAUCAGUGGAUCGAGUGACUCUCCUAGGUUUUUCUGUAACUGUGGUGACUCAGAAGUCCAGCAAUGCGAUGGUGCAGGCAUGAAAAAUUUAUACGGGUUGAAACCUUUUCCUGGUUUCAAGAGAAAGUCGAGUAACAACUUGCUGAUCGCUCAGGAAUUUUCAGACGCGUAUGUUAGCCCUAAUACCAUGUCAAAUCCUAAGAGAAAGCACUUUUAUACUCCUGAAAAACCCGUUGUCUGGGGAGAGAAUCCACUAGGUAAUGCAACAGACGAUAAGCAUAACAGUCCAUAUGGUUGUACAAAGCCAUCUUGUGCAGUUGAAGGCUGCCUUUCCAAGGGUUUUGCUCGACUGUUUUCAAGCGGUUCGUGUCUACAGUUUGACCAGGAUAGAAGAGUCUCUUAUACAUGA